AUGCCCAAGAAAUCUCGUCAGUUCACGCACACCACGAGUGAGCGUCGGUCGUCGGUGAUAUACUCCAACAGUAUUGGAAAAGGCGGUCUGUUCACGCCACAGGACUAUAUUCCUGCGUACACGGGUCUCAACGGUGACGAUGACAAGGUGGCAGAAGAUGCACGAGAGGGCCAAGCACCCGAAGGUUAUGAGUCGCUUCUAAGCACUAACAACUCGCGUUCGUUGCAAGCAGAGAGCGAGCGAACGUACGGGUCAGUAGGUGGGACGGUGCGCGAUGUAUUGCCGCCUCGCAAACGCAGUCUCAUCGAGGAAGAACGUGAUUUGCUCAUCGACAACAAACUCUACAGCGAAGAACCAGAGACGGAAUCCAACGAGCCCGCAGAGGAAGCAGAGGUUGUAAAUACUUGGGAAGAAGUUAUUGAGUCGGGGAAGUCGAUUUCCACGUCUUAUUCUCGGGAAACGAAGGUUGUACUGAAAAAUGCAUUGCCCUUGGUGUUCACAUUUAUCAUGCAGAAUUCCCUCUCUUUGGCCUCGGUUUUUUCUGCCUCCCAUCUCGGUAUCAAUGCUCUCGGUGGUAUAACACUAGGGUCCAUGACGGCCAAUAUCACCGGGUUUGCAGCCAUUCAGGGCCUGUGUACAUGUCUGGACACCCUGUGUUCCCAGGCGUACGGAGCUAAAAAAUACUCUUUGGUCGGCAUUCUCUUGCAGAGGUGUGCCGCUAUAACCAUCAUUUUCUGUUUGCCCAUACUUUACAUUUGGUGGUUUUGGGCUGAAUCCAUUUUGGCCCUAAUGAUUCCAGAACGCGAGCUUUGUCAUUUGGCUGCUAACUACCUGAAAGUGGUUGCAUUUGGUGUUCCUGGUUUUGUUCUUUUCGAAUGUGGUAAGCGUUUUUUGCAAUGUCAAGGGAUUUUUCACGCUUCUACUGUCGUGCUUCUUUUCUGCGCGCCUUUCAACGCACUCAUGAACUACUUGCUUGUCCUUGACAGUCGUGUCGGAAUUGGCUACUUGGGAGCUCCGAUCAGUGUAGCCCUAAACUACUGGUUGAUGGCUAUUGGGCUGAUGGCCUACACCAUCUUUACCAAAAAUGAGAUUAAUCCGAGGAAGUGCUGGGGUGGUUUCAUCAAACCCUCUCAAGUUUUCAAGAACUGGAAAAAGAUGUACAGCUUGGCUCUGCCGGGUGUGAUCAUGGUGGAAGCUGAAUUCUUGGGUUUUGAAAUUUUGACCGUUUUCGCUUCUCGCCUCGGAACCAGCGAGCUUGGUGCACAAUCAAUCAUUUCUACAAUCGCUUCACUGGCAUACCAAGUUCCAUUUUCCAUUUCGAUUGCUACUAGCACGCGGAUAGCCAACUUCAUAGGUGCUGGGCUCCAUGAGAGCUGCAUAGUGACUUGUAAAGUAGCACUUUUGCUAUCUUUUCUCACUAGUUGCUUUAAUCUCAGUAUUAUCUAUAUUUUCCGAGUCAGCUUGGCGAACGCGUUCUCUACAGACCCCGAUGUCGUUUCCCUAGUGGUCAGCACCCUUCCCCUCCUCGCAAUUAUGCAGCUAUUUGAUGCCUUCAAUGCCUGUACAGCGGGUUGUUUGCGUGGACAAGGUCAACAGAAAAUUGGUGGCUAUAUUAACGUGUUCGCAUUUUACUGCAUAGGGAUUCCAUUGGCGUAUGCCUUAACCUUCCGUUGUCAUUUGGGUUUGCACGGUCUCUGGUAUGGGAUUACCAGCGGAUUGGUCUUCAUGAGUGUGUCUCAAUGCUAUGCAGUCUUUUCCUGCAAUUGGCACGAUAUAAUCCGUGCUGCGAAAAAACGUACAACCGAAGAACGAGUCUAA